AUGACCACUACAGUUUUAUUUAAAAAUUUAGCCGACUUCAGAAGGAAAAAAGCAAAUUAUUUAGUUUGGCCAUUUGAGAAGGAUGCAUGUCCGCAAAGGUGUAAAAGUGAUUCCGGUGAAGAUAAAGUAUGCAAAUGGAAUAUGGCCGAUAUGGUGAAGGGUGUCACCAAAUGCGUUCAGAGCUAUGAGUAUAUUGUUGAAAUUAUGCAGACGCCUGAAAUCCUUAUGAAUUAUAAAAAUCCGGUGAUUAUUUUGAAGUUUCGGCUUGAAGUUUUUGAACUUGAAACUGAGGUACGAAAAAGGUUGCAAACAUUUGUCGUAACCAUCGUAAAUUAUACACGAACGUUGAUGGAACUUUCCAUUUCAAUUUCAAUCUUCCCUCAUAUUGUCCUCUAA